UCUUAUGUUGUCCUCUCUAUUUCAAGAGAAGUUGCAACAAAAAAUCGAUACAUUGAAUUAUAAUGGAGAAGAAAGUUAAAGAAAUCCCAUCAGAAAUUGCGUUCCAAAUUUUAGGUUGGCUACCAGUUAAAUCUUUGAACAGAUUUAAGUGUGUAUCAACAUCUUGGUCUUCCAUGAUUUUUCAACAUAGGCCUUACGACCACAUAGUCGUAAAUGUCACGUUGGAUAACACUCGUUGCGCCCCUCGAUCGGGUUCCAUGAAAGCCGGUCUCUUUUGUGGGCCCAUCCGUGCCCCCGCCUCUUCCAGAGAGCAGAUUCAGGAUUUAAACGUGGAAACGUUUGUUCAACAAUUAAGUUUGCCCUAUUUGUGUUAUGAAAACAUUACUCCAGUUGUAAACGGACUUGCUUGUCUUUACACGGGCCAUCAAGUUUCACUUUUUAACAUGUUUACUUGUGAGAUUAUGAACCUUCCCUCGUCAAGUUUACAUCCUGAAUCUAGUAAAAUUUGGUAUGCACUUGGUUUUGAUCCUAUCGACAAUGUGUACAAACUGUUUAAAGUUUGUGCCAUUCCUAAACCUGAUCAGAGAACCAAUUACUACGAAGAUGAUCGUGGCAAUAAAUAUGACCUAGUCUACGAGGUCCUAACUUUGGAUACAAGUUCAAUAUCGGAAGGGAAAUGGAGGGAGGACAUUGAUAAGGCAUAUUAUUGCGAAUUUUCUAAUGUCAGUGGUCAGAGUUACUUUGUAAACGGGAUAAUAUUUUGGAAGUUUAAUGGCCGUAUUAUUUCAUUUGAUGUCCACCAGGAAAAAAUCAACAUUAUUGAACCUCCACCAUGUUAG